AUGGCAUUUGCAAGUAUUGAACGUCAUUGGCUGAUCUUCUAUCCUAAAUUCAUUGACAAUCCACGACGAAAAUUUCUUUUUCACUACUGUCCACUUGCAUUUUGUUUUUUCUAUCCGUUUAUGUUCUAUGUUUCAGCAAUAUUUAUUCAUCAAUGUCAACCUUACUAUGAUUACAAUGUGUUGACAUGCCUGUGGCCUUGUUAUUUUCUGAAUCGAAUAUGGGCUUCUGUCGAUCAAUACUUCAACACUUAUGCACCGCUGCUUUCUAUCCCGAUAUUUUGUUCAGCACUUUAUCUCCGAGUUUUCCUUCAAAAACGUACGAUGAAACAACAAGCAUUCAAAUGGUGUCGAGAUAAAAAGAUGAUUUUACAACUAUGGGCUAUCUCGAGUUUGUAUUUAGCUGUGUGGAUGCCAAUGCAAAUAUGUAUAUUUAUCAACGUCUAUUGGGAUCCACUGUUUUUAUUACAGGCGCAAAUUGAUUAUAUGUAUUUAUUGCCCUAUUUCUUACAUUUAAUCUAUCCUUUCUUUCUGUUGAUUAUUUUGAAAAAAGACAUGAUAAAAACUACUCAUAAUACCAUUACCGCAAUGGCAAUAUCAGCUCUAGGUCAGAACAUAGGUGGAGACAAAUCGGUGCGGAUAAAAGGCCGUAUGGAGACAAUGAUGUAA